ACAAGUUAUUUAUUCUGAUAUUUACAUUGCAGUGGUUUCUUUUCGUUUAGUUGCCAUUUCAUGUUUACAGCAAAUGGUUCUAGUACUAGUUUUACUUUUACUAUCUAAAGUACAAAAAUAAAGAUAAUGAGUUCCAAUUCAAAUACUACUCGUUCUAGUGACAUUAAAGUCAAAAUGAAUAAAAGUAAAACUAUAAUGGAAGCAGAGCCAGUGGAUUUGCCUAAAGAAUUGGAUUAUCUAUUUGAAAAGGAGUUAAUAAAUAAACAAAAUAAACAUAUACAUAUAAUGGAUCGAUUUGGACCAUCCAGAAAUACACACUAUUUAUCUACCAAAUUCCAUGCUAAACAUGAGCAGCAGAUACCUCACAAUCACUUAACCUAUUUACCUUUUGUAUAUGGAACUUCCUAUAAACAUGAUACUGAAGCGAAUGUAUACGGCUGGAUGCCAGAAGUGGUAAAUAGACCAGCUUUACUCAAAGAAUUAAAUUUCAUUAAUGCUCCCAAGCAAAGAUGCUGUUUAACAGUGUAUGGCGAAAAACUAGAAAGUGAUAGAGCAAAUGCCAGACCAGCAUUUAAUGGUUUGAGAUUUUUUUUGCAAUAAAAUAAAUUAACAAAUUUUAAUAUACAAAAUGAAAUCAUUUUAUUCUUAUAAACUAGUUAUUAAUUAACUAAAGCUAAAACUUAAUACAUAUCCUUUUUAAUCUAAGUACUUGUACUUACGAAAAUAAACACAAAAUCCUUAAUUCUAAC